AUGCCGGAGACCUCCGUGCACGGCGCCUGCCACCGCGAAUCCUCCGGCGACCGGCCGAAUCGCACCAAACAAAGCCCACAUCCUCCUCCUCCUUUGAAACGGAGCAGUAUCCCUAGGGAUUUUAUCAGCCCCUUGCCGGACGCCGCGAUCCACCGCAUCUUCUCGUUUCUGCCCCUCCGAGACGCCGUCAAGACCAGCGUCCUCUCCAAGCGCUGGCGGUCCACUUGGACCACCACCACCGACCUUGUCUUCGAUGGACAGAUCGGUACCUUGGGCUUCCCGUCCCUCGUCGACAGCGUCCUGAGCCAGUGCACCUCGCCCACGGUGAAGAAAUUCCACCUCACCGACUUCAGGUACGAUGAGCCCGACCGCCCCAAGGUCGACCUAUGGCUUCGCUUCGUGGCGGGACGCCCUGUGGAGGAGCUCCACCUGAGGCCGUCUUUCUUCUCGCCGGUAAAGUAUGAACUGCCGCAGUUCUUGUAUAGCUUGAGUUGGUUGGGGCGUCUGGAAGUCAGUUUGUGUUGUUUCUCAUUGGGUGGGAUUAUUAGGUGGCCAUGUCUUAAGACUUUGGUGAUAGAAUAUUCAGAGUUCAGUGAUGAUAUACUUGAGGGAAUUUUCAGUGGAAGUCCUGUUUUAGAGUCCGUUCAGUUCCGCGGGUGCAAAGGAGUGAAGAACAUUAUAAUAGAUUCAACAAGCGUGAAAGAGUUGGUACUCAACGAUCACUGGUUCUCUAAUCCGGACAGAAUUUGUGCCCCGCAUUUGCAGUCACUGCGUGUAUUAGGCAGAUGGUAUCAUGAUUCCAUGUUCAGACUUGACGAUGUAUCUUCUUUGGUUGAAGCUGAGUUAGUUUUUUCCAUUCGAAUUCGAACUGGAACUCUUGUAUCUGAUAAAAAGAGGAUGUGCUGCGACUUGGUGAAGGGAUUUUUUGAGAAGCUGCACGGAGUACCUACAAUCACCAUUGGCGGUUGGUGCUUGCAGAUUCUGUCCCUUUUGGAGUUGGAAGGACUGCCUUCUCCAUUCUUCAAAUGUCAGAACCUGAUACUACAUGGGCCAGUUAGUCAAUGGGACCUUCCCGGGAUAGCAUACUUGCUAAAAAGUUCACAGUGCCUGGAAAAAUUAGACAUAGUCCUGACUGACCUCCCCCUUCAGCUUGACCUCUUUGAAGAAUCUGCAGAACGUUUUAACUUUGACGAAGGAGAUUUUUUACCAUCACGGAAGGGGAACUUCGACUUUUUGGUAAAACAUCUCAAGAGAGUUGAGAUCAUCGGUUUUGGAGCUAAUAGUUUUGGGUCAAAACAUCUGCUCGCGCUGAUUAAGUUUCUUCUUGGGGAAGCACUUGUGCUGGAGAAGUUGAUUAUCAAGACUGAAUUGCCCACAUGCCACAGACAAAAAUGCCUUGAUGCUGCUGUUCUGUCGAAACUACUUGGCACGAGCCGAAACGUACUCAGAUAUCAAAGAGCUUCCAAAAAUGCCGAGGUUAUCUUUGAUUAUCCUUUCGAAUAGGUGUCUCAUAAAAGCAUGCGAAAAUCCCGGUUUUGGGUUGAUCUCAUGGCAAGGGUAUGUUG